UAGCGUUGACUGGCACAAUCAGUAUCUAAUUACGCAAAGUCACACAGAUAACAUUAUUAGUAGUCGAGUCAUUAUGACUAUAAAUGUAAUAUGUUUAUAUAAAUUUAAAUAAUUCGAUGUACGUGGAUUAAUUUAUUAUAAAUUGUGAGUAAAUGUCUUAAUUGUGCAUUAAUUGUUUAGUGUUUAUAAAGUAUAGUAAUUAUAAAGAAUGAACAAGUUAUGUUUCUUGAUAUUCGUGUUUCUGAACGCGAGCUUCUCCGAAAGCUACAAAAUAUUGGUAUCAUUCCCUGUGCCCAGUAAGAGUCACAAGAUUCUCGGUGAUGGAGUGGUCAGGCAUCUGGUGAAGGCUGGACAUGAGGUUACAUAUAUAACACCGUAUCCAGCAAACAAUCCACCAUCAAGUCUCCGACAAAUUGAUAUAUCUAGUGAUGUGAAUGCUUUCCCAGAUGUUAUCAAUUUAAAAGCAAUAUUACAAAAGGAGGUAAAUGUACAAGAUUGGAGACAAUUUUUCGCCAUAGUAACACGAGUGGCUAAUGGUACCCUGUCAAAUGUAAAUGUACAGAGAUUACUAAAUGAUCCAAACGAGACAUUUGAUUUGUUUAUAACGGAAUGGUUUUUUACUGAGGUCCAAAUAGGGAUAGCUGCCGUGUAUGAUUGUCCGUAUAUAUGGGUUUCAACGAUAGAGCCUCACUGGGUGAUAACGAGGCUAGUCGACGAAUAUCUACACCCGGCUUAUAACUCCGACAUGUUGUUAGGCAGCUCUCCUCCUUUUAGUUUCUACGAACGCGUGCUGCAGUUAACCAGCCAGCUCAUGAUGACAGCAAUAAAAGUGUUUUAUACAAACGGGAUAGAAGAAAAAACGUAUACAGACGUAUUUAGCCCACUACUAGCUAAGAGAGGGAAGGUUCUACCUCCAUAUAAUGAAGUUUUAUACAAUGCCUCUCUAAUAAUAGGCAAUUCACACGUGUCGUUGGGACAAGCGACCAGGUUACCGCAGAAUUACAAGUCUGUCGGAGGAUAUCAUAUUGAUGACGUAGAAACAUCAUUACCAGAGGAUUUAAAACAGUUAUUGGACAAUGCAAAGUAUGGUGUGAUAUAUUUUAGUAUGGGUUCAAUUUUGAAGAGCAAAGAUAUGCCGGAUGAGAUAAAGACCGGGUUGCUUAGAAUAUUUGGCGAACUUAAAUAUACUAUAUUGUGGAAAUUCGAGGAAGCGCUACCCAAUCUGCCGAGUAAUGUGCACAUAAUACAGUGGGCGCCACAACAGAGUAUUUUGGCACAUCCCAACUGUAUUCUCUUUAUAACACACGGCGGUCUCCUUUCAACGACAGAGGCGAUUCACUUUGGGAAACCCAUAAUAGGGAUACCAGCGUUCGCUGAUCAAUUUACUAACGUGGAUAGAAUGGUGAAGAAGGGCUUUGCGAAGAAAGUUGAUUUAUCAUUUACCCUAGCUGAAGAUCUCAAAGAGACUAUUGUAGAUAUUCUUAAAGAUCCUAGUUACGCGAAAAGAGCGAAGGAGCUAUCGUUUAUAUACCACGACAGACCAGCAACCCCUGGCGCGGAGCUGGUGCACUGGGCGGAGCACGUGGUGCGCACGCGCGGCGCCCCUCACCUGCGCUCGCCCGCGCUCCACGUGCCGCUGCACCAGAAGUGCUACCUCGACCUGGUAGCGCUCCUUGUAGCCUGUUUCAUACUUAUAAGAAUAGUGUUAAGAAAAUUAAUUAAUUUGUUAUUUAAUAGGAAAAAAGCUGUAACCAAGAAGAAACAGAAUUGAAUAAAAUAAUUUAAAACAAAGAAAGAAUAAA